AUGAACUCUCGUAAAAGUGCACCAGAGAAGAUGAUGUCCACAGAUUAUAUGUUACCAGUUACAGAUAAUUUUGGAAACGAAAUGCAAAUGAGUACCAAACAACUCGCCACGAAGUCUGCACCAGCUGAGUCUGUGGCAAACGACGACGACGACUACCCAGACCCCCCCUGCCCCAAAAAGGUCUCAACAAAGGCAUACAAUCCAUCCAGUUGGAUGGAAACUCAAGCGCGCAAGGCCGAAUUUCCAACACCUGCAGAAGGAGAAAUCAAAGUGGCGACCCUUUUUAAGGGUUUCGAACCAUUGAUAAUUAAUGUAUGCCUUGAUUGUCGUACGUUCAACUCAAAACGUGAUACACAGGAAGUGUCUCCUGGCAUGGUUGAGAUACUUUAUUCAUCGACACAAAGUUAUUUGAGUCAGAAGAAAUUGAAAGGGUCAAUGAUGAAGAAAGGAGUAGAGGACGGGAGUUUUAGUAGAUGGAAGAGUUUUGAAGGAUUCAAGAAGGAGGUUGAGAGAGCAAACUCUACAAGCUCGAAGUCCGCCAAGCAACCGACAUUGAUUGCACCAUCAAAUCCUUCGCAAGAGAGAGCCACAGUUUUCUAUACAACAAGAAGAAAUGAUGCACAAUAUCGAAUUGGAUGA